UUAGAAAUCGCCAAGUGCAAAUAGCCAUAAAACCAUGAUACACGUCUACAAUAAAAACAAUAUUAAGUACUUUUACAGAACCGGCUGCUAUAUGUCGUUUAUUUAAUUUUUAGUCACACUACUAAUACAUUGUGUUAAAAUUGUAAUUGAAAUAUAUUAUUACACUAUUUUCUAGAUUUAUAUGCCCUUAAAGUUUUAUAUUUAUUUUUAGAGACUUACUUUUAAAAUGAAACUCGCUCGGGGAAUUUUAAUAUUCUCGGGAUUUUUAUUACAUUCUGUUUUUGCUGAUUCUGCACUUGAUCUUUCUGAUUCGGAUUUUGAAUCAUCAGUCUCAGAAUAUGAUACAUCUUUGGUUAUGUUUUAUGCCCCAUGGUGUGGUCAUUGCAAAAAACUAAAACCUGAAUUUGAAAAGGCUGCUAAAACAUUACUGACAGAAGAUCCUCCAGUGACUUUGGCAAAGGUUGAUUGUACUGAAGCUGGUAAAGAUACUUGUAACAAAUUUGGUGUUUCUGGUUAUCCAACUUUGAAAAUUUUCAGAAAUGGUGAGAUGUCUAAAGAAUAUAAUGGACCUCGUGAUGCAAGUGGUAUUGUUAAGUAUAUGAAAUCUCAAGUCGGACCAAGUUCAAAAGAUCUUGCUACUUUGGAAGCAUUAGAAUUAUUUAUUUCUAAGGAUGAUGUUGCUGUUGUUGGAUUCUUUCAAACUGAAACCGACCUUAAAGGAAAGUUUAUUCAAUUGGCUAACAAAUUAAGAGAAAAAGUUAAUUUUGGUCAUAGUACUUCUGCACCUGUGUUAGACAAGUACAAUUACAAGAACAAUGUUGUACUCUAUAGACCUAAACAUUUAAGUAAUAAAUUUGAACCUGAUUUUAUUGAUUAUAAUGGUGAAGAAUCAACGUCUGCAUUAGAAUCAUGGAUUAAUUCUAAUUAUCAUGGCUUAGUUGGACAUCGUCAAAAGGAAAAUAUGGAAGCCUUUAAACCACCUUAUGUUGGUGUUUAUUAUGCUGUAGACUAUGGGAAGAACCCUAAAGGAACCAACUACUGGCGUAAUAGAGUUCUUAAAGUUGCCAAAUCAGUCAAAGGAGUAUCUAUGGCAAUCAAUAACAAGGAUGAUUUCCAACAUGAAAUUAAUGAACAUGGCUUAGAUUUUGUAUCAGAUGAUAAGCCUAUAGUUCUUGCUCGAUCCCUUGAUAACAAGAAGUAUAUAAUGAAAGAUGAUUUUUCGGUUGAAAACUUGGAAAAAUUCAUUAAUGAUUUCCAAAAUGGAAAUUUAGAACCAUAUAUUAAAUCUGAACCUAUCCCUGAAGACAAUAGUUCACCUGUUAAAGUAGCUGUUGCUAAAAAUUUUGAUGAUAUAGUUAUUAAUAAUGGAGUAGAUACAUUAGUAGAAUUUUAUGCUCCUUGGUGUGGACAUUGUAAAAGCUUAGCUCCAGUAUAUGAACAAGUAGCAGAAAAAUUAAAAGAUGAAGCAGUGUCACUUGUUAAAAUGGAUGCAACUGCUAAUGAUGUUCCUCCAUUAUUUGAUGUUAGAGGUUUUCCUACUUUAUACUGGCUACCUAAAGAUAGCAAAACCAAACCUAUUCGUUAUGAGGGAGGCCGUGAUGUAAAUGACUUCAUAAAAUAUAUUUCUACCAAGGCAACAAAUGAGCUCAAGAAUUUUGAUAGAUCAGGAAAUGUGAAAGAUAUUAAAAAUGAAUUAUAAAUAAAUCCAGAAGGCUGAUAGCUAAUUAAAAAAAAAAAUAAUUAAUUUUAGCUACUCCAACUUAUUCAAUUAUUUGAAUAGGGUUCUAAUUUUAAGUAUAUUAAUAAAUAAGAACAUUAUAUACUACUUAAAUUUUUUUUAAGAAUUUUAGUUAAAAUUCUUUUUAGUUUAAUGGGAAAGUUAUAUUAUGUUGUAAGCAUUCUAUAUUUACCAGUAUAUUUUUUUUUUUAAUAAAUCUGUUGUGAUUUUUCUAAUUAAUAUUUAUUUUUUAACUUUGAUGCGAAGCUGAAGUUUUGUGAAUAGUGUUUUUUUGUCUGUCCAUAAAAAUUCAUCUCUCAUUGGUUAUGUUUCUAAUGAUCAAUAUGUCAAAAGAACUAAAUUUUAAUUUAGUUGAACCUAACAAUGCUAAACAUUUAAAUAACCUAUAGAUUUUAGAAAGUAAAAAAAAUAUAUCUAAAUUACACACACAAUUGUACAAAAACUUAAUUUUCAAAGAAGUUUUCUAAAUUUCAAAACUGAUACAACCAUUUUAUUAAACACUAUACAAACAGUUCUAAUAGAGUAUAUUAGAGGCAAUAAGUUUUAUUUUGGUGUGCUUUUUGUAACAAUUGAUAAAAAAUUUCAGUACAGGGUUUGAAAGAGACGACCACCAAGACAUGUAAAGAAAUUUGUUUAACUCAAUUUUUGAAAAUAUUCUCGAUCUGACAAAUUUUAACCAAUUUCAAAUUAAAGCUCUUGAAGUGUACAAUAUAAAAAAGAAAUUGUUCUAUAAGAAAUCAGCCAUCGAAUCAAAAAAAUGUUCAAUUAAGCAAAUAAUGUAACAAGCAUUUAAUAUUUAAGUAAAAUUUUAAAUCUUAGAUAUUGUAACAUUAAAAAUAUACAAUUUGUGUGAAAUUCAAGAUUCA